AUGCGCUCCCUUGGAGGUGCUGCGUGCCGCGCCGACUUGCCAAAGAGCAUGCGCUCCCGCCCGCACUCGCCGGCGCAGAACGUGCCGCUGACUUUUCAGUCGACUCAAAAGCCGGCGCAGAACGUGCAGCUGGCGCCGCUCGCUUGGCCUGCAGGGCCGCGGCUCGCAGGGCGGCUCGCCGGGCGCCUCACAGGGCGGCUUGCACGGAUCGCAUGGCUCGCAGGGUGGGUCGCCGCGGGCCUGCUCGCAACCCUCGUGCCGACCAGCGCCGUCCCGAUCGCUCCCUCUCAAUGUGCGUGCCGUAGGGGAGGUGAGCACACCGCCUUUCCCCCCAGCCUUUCCCCACGACACACCACCUCCUCCCCCCCAACACGCAGCGCAAUCUCUGAGCGACUCCCAGACAACGUGGCGCGUGGGGACAACGAUGUCCCCACCGUGCAAUUUCUGGUUGACGCCCAGAGGGCGUGCUGUGAGCUGGGUGGCUGGGCGAUGGGUGGUUGGGAGAUGGGUGGUUGGGACAUGGGUGGUUGGGAGAUGGGUGGUUGGGACAUGGGUGGUUGGGAGAUGGGUGGUUGGGACAUGAGUGGUUGGGACAUGGGUGGUUGGGACAUGAGUGGUUGGGACAUGGGUGGUUGGGACAUGGGUGGUUGGGACAUGGGUGGUUGGGAGAUGGGUGGUUGGGACAUGAGUGGUUGGGACAUGAGUGGUUGGGACAUUGGUGGUUGGGACAUGGGUGGUUGGGACAUGAGUGGUUGGGACAUGGGUGGUUGGGACAUGGGUUUUGGGGACAUGGGUGGUUGGGACAUGGGUGGUUGGGACAUGGGUGGUUGGGACAUGGGUGGUUGGGACAUGGGUGGUUGGGACAUGGGUGGUUGGGACAUGGGUGGUUGGGACAUGGGUGGUUGGGACAUGGGUGGUUGGGACAUGGGUGGUUGGGACAUGGGUGGUUGGGACAUGAGUGGUUGGGACAUGGGUGGUUGGGACAUGAGUGGUUGGGACAUGGGUGGUUGGGACAUGAGUGGUUGGGACAUGGGUGGUUGGGACAUGAGUGGUUGGGACAUGGGUGGUUGGGACAUGGGUGGUUGGGACAUGGGUGGUUGGGACAUGGGUGGUUGGGACAUGGGUGGUUGGGACAUGGGUGGUUGGGACAUGGGUGGUUGGGACAUGGGUGGUUGGGACAUGGGUGGUUGGGACAUGGGUGGUUGGGACAUGGGUGGUUGGGACAUGGGUGGUUGGGACAUGAGUGGUUGGGACAUGGGUGGUUGGGACAUGAGUGGUUGGGACAUGGGUGGUUGGGACAUGAGUGGUUGGGACAUGGGUGGUUGGGACAUGGGUGGUUGGGACAUGGGUGGUUGGGACAUGGGUGGUUGGGACAUGGGUGGUUGGGACAUGGGUGGUUGGGACAUGGGUGGUUGGGACAUGGGUGGUUGGGAUGGGAGCUAG